AUGGCUACCGCAAUCCCAUCUAUGCCCUCUCAUCUGCACUUCCCUCCAGAAAUUUGGAGUAUCACCACCCAAAACUUCCGCCAUCGCAAAAGCCCAGACGAGCUCACAUACCUAUGGACUACCGUGCGCCACGUGUCGAAGCAAUUCAAGGAAGAGAUUGAAGACAUAUUUCGUACAGAGCAUCUACCCAAGACUUGGCUACAUGUGGAUUUCUACAAUCCACCAGACCGUCGGAAGGUCUAUCAAUUCGCCUUUAAACUGAACUUCGACAGCAUAAAGCCAAGAUACCCAGACAGGGCAGUAUUUUCGGUACGCUCAAAGAACAGCAGUUGGAACCCCCGUUCGCUCGGUGUUUCAACUUUUGAACGUAUCACAUUCGAAAGGCUUCGGGCUGAGGCAGGAUCUGGUAGAUUGGGUGAAGCAGACAAGUCUGUACCUGGAUCACGAAUACGCCUAUUCGAAAGUCCUGUUCGCAUGUUCGUGGUGCAGGUCCGAGGAAGUGUGGGCGACUGUACCUUGCCAGCACUGAACAUUGACGCUGGUAAGCGUGAGCUGUCGUGCGAAUGGAGGGAUCUGUUCGACCGAUUUUUCGGGGAGCGAAGAAUCACUACGACCCCGUUGAAUAGCGCGCCGGUGGACCAGGUACCGACUCAUACAAGAGACUAUCAGCUCCCUCAGCACAACUUUGCCACGUUCAAUGUGCUCGUCAGUCAACUAGACCCGAGCCUACAACCACUUGCACGACUCGAUUGGCAUACCCACAUUCGACACAUGGAAGUGUCAAAGGAGGGGGCUGCCCGUAUCCAGCGUCUCAAAAACCCCAUCCAAACUUGGACUGAUGCGAUGGGAGAGGAAUUUGGACAAGCGAAGGCGACUCUGAGGAAAUGCCAGUUUCGGAGACAGGCAAACCAGGAAAUAGACCUCGACGAUGAAGGGGAUAUCAACCAGGCAAGAUUGGAGUGGGAAGCGGAGAGCAAUGCAGCGGCGGACUCCAGAGGGAGAGCUGAAUGGUAUCCGAUGAUUCGGGCUUGCGAUUCCUGCCGUAUAACCAACAGGCAAUGCGAAAGAGGAGACUCUGGAAAUGGGUUUCCUCCAGACUGCGACUCUUGCAUUUAUAUUGGCUUGCUAUGCAAAUCCUCCUUAGCCUGUCUAAACAUCUCCCGGCCGCAUUAUGUAUCACCAGACUAUCAAAUGCAACUUAUGCUUCUGGAGCAGCAGAACACGAGACGCCUUCUUACGGCUCGGCAAGUAACUGUUUCGCCGCCUUCUACACAGUCUGUGUUUCAUCGCGGCAGUCAUGCACUUCAAGACUAUCAAAUGCAAAUGAUGCUCCUGGAACAGCAGAACAAGAAGCGUCUCAUUAUGGCUCGGCAACAACCCAACAGCACGGCCCCUCUACCCUCUCAGCUUCCGCCGAUCGUAUCAGGCAGCCUCCGCACACCGGGCCGGAGCAGUGCUUCAGCAAGUUUUGAGAUGCAUCACAAUGCUCAGCGCAACGACCGGCGUCUCUUUGAGGCUAGACAUGCCCCAGUUGACUCGGGGCAAAAUCCGAGGUCAGGCCCCAGUGAGCCAGCUUCAGACAACCAAGCUCCAUUGCCGGUACACAGACAAGAGCAACAACCUAUGGAGAUUCCGAAUAUCCAAGAUCCCUGCAGACGAGGAGUUCAGCCACUGGCAGGGUAUCCUUUCACUCCAAUGCCGGCCCCAACGGCCGAACUUUCUAGGGCUGCCGGACCAUCUCUCUCAGACAUCUGCUCCAAGCCAUGA